CAGCCAAAGAGAAUAUGGAGUAAAAUAGAUGAGCCUGUGCCCUCCUUCAGUUUUGACCUUAGUAGGGGACAGAAAAUAAGUGAAUAAAAAUGGAGGUGUAGAUGCCCUAGAACCACCCGCUUGAAUUUGUUCUCAGCCCUGCCACUUCAAAAAUUGUGUAAAGUUAAGCCAGUUCUUCAUUCUUGGACCUGACUCCUUGCUGUAAAGGGAAUUGUCAUAAGGGCUACAUGAGUUAGACUUAUAGAGCAAUUAGACCCAUGCCUGGCAUACUGUAAGCAUUCGAGAAAUGUUAUUACAAAUGAUUAUAAUUUGUUAUAAGUGUGAUUGUGAAAACAAUGUGUGAUGACGGAAAAUAAUGGGAGUGGAGGGGGUCCACUUGGAUAAAGGAUGAGGGGAAGCUUCUCUAAGGAGGUGACAUGGAAGAGGAGGAUGGGCCGGCCAUGCGAAGUAGAUUACAGAUGUGACAUUAAAUGAACCAAUGUGUUUUAUCACUAUGGAGAUCUUGGAGAAUCACCUGAGUGUGAAGUUCAUAUGUAUCCUAUCUCAGAGGCAUCUGUUGGACAACAAAAGCUCUCAGAUGUGAACUUUAAACGUGCUGUUUAACAGGGACUCAAUUUGAAGAUAGGCAUUUUAAAUCCUUAUGGAGGGGAAGGCACUACUUUUUGCUCAAUUGUGCAAACUCUCCAGGUGUCCUAGUGAGAAGCAGAGAGGAGCCUUAAUGGAGCUGCAAGUGUGAAUGAGGUCUGCUAGGCUCGUUCUCGGGCCACCCAGAUAGACCUCACACCUCUGAAGACCACCUGCAAGCCUUAAAGCUGGCCAGAUGAUGGAUGAGUCAGAUGAUGAUUUUAAGGAACUCUGCGCCAGCUUUCUCCAAAGGGUGAAAAAGAAUGUCACCAAGGAAGUGUCGGGGGAAAGGAAGACACAAAAGGCCUCCAACAGCACUCAGAUAAGCAAACCGAAAAGGACCAAACCAACUGCUACCAAAGGCAAAACCCUUCAAGGCCCCAGGGAGAAGAAAACUCAGUCUGGCAGCCAGGCCCCGAGGACUAAAAAGCAAAGGGCACCCAAGUGGCAGAGGAGUGAACCCACUCGCCCUGAGAACGGAGAGGGAAGUGUGCUUGCCUCUGCUGUGCUCCAGGAGGGUGUGCAGAGCACCCAGACAGAGGCUGCUCCGGACAGCAACUCCCAGCCCCCUCCUCCCUGUCUGACAGUGACGGCACCAAGUCCCUCCAAACCCCGGACGGCAGAGUUAGUCCUACAACGAAUGCAGCAGUUCAAGAGAGCAGACCCCAAGCGUUUGCAGCAUGCUUCGGAAGGGAGCUCUCUGGAGGCUACACUUGAAGAAAAGGCCCCAGAGGGCCCUCCAGAGGAGAUGACAGCAGGGAAUGGGUCUGGGCCCGGGCUUCCUGCCACAGAGAGCGACGCUGCGGUGGCCUUGGCUCUGCAGCAUGAGUUUGGGCAGCAGCGAGCACCCACACAUGAGGCUAACCUGGAGGAGACGGGGUUGUUCUUCUGCCAGAUCUGUCAAAAGAACCUCUCAGCCAUGAACGUGACACGAAGGGAGCAGCACGUGAACCGGUGCUUGGAUGAGGCUGAAAAGGCACUGACACCCUCCACACCACGGAUCCCCGAGUGCCCAAUUUGUGGCAAGCCCUUUCUCAGCCCAAAGAGCAGAAUCAGCCACCUGAAACAGUGUGCAGUGAAGAUGGAUGUUGGCCCCCAGCUCCUGCUCCAGGCUGUGCGGCUGCAGACAGCUCAGCCUGGCGGGGCCUGUGGCACGCUGGCAUCGAGCUUCAGCAGUCAUGUUGGAGGUCUGAAGCGGAAGGGAGCCACCAACAGGAAGGAGCUGCAGAAGAAGCGGAAGGUCAAUGAGCCCGAGGCGCCGUCUGAGGACCUGCUGGUGGCCAUGGCUCUGUCCCAGUCCGAGAUGGAGCGGGAGGCUGUGCCCACGGUGCUCAGGCUAGAAAGUGCUUUCCCUGAGAGGAUAAGACUGGGGGCAGAAAAGAAGGGUCGUAAGAGGAAAGCACCUUUAUGCCCUCCCCCGUUGUUAGUCCAGGACCCGGAGACCACUCGGAGGCAGACAGAGGACCGAGUGGCCCAGCUCUUCGCGGAGGAGAUGGAGCUGUCCAGCACGCCGCCACUUCCUGAGAGCAGGAUGGUAAAGGAAGAGCUGGAAAAGGCCAGCCAGCAUCUGAAGCAGAACUUUCUGUGGGAGGGCAGCGCCCUGACUGGGGCCUGGGCUCUGGAAGCCUUCUACACCACAAGCCUGGUCCCUCCCAUGGUGCCCCAGCGGCCCGCCAAGGGUCUUACCCAGGAGCCCACGCUGCCGCCAGUGCCGCCUGACGAGCCAGAGCUGGGUGUGCGAACACCACCUGCUCUCCCCAGUGCCCUGCCUGCGGGCCAUGGCCCCGGGAACCCCUCACCCUCCGCCAGCCAGAGAGAGCACCAGGCCCUGCAGGACCUUGUGGACCUGGCGGGAGAGGGGCUGAGUGCCACCCCGUGGCCCUGCAGUGGGGGCCUGGCCAGCUCAGGAGGGGCCGCAGGGAUGGAUGUGUCACCCACUGGCCUUCCACCGACUGGGUUUGUCCUGCCCCCUAAGGAAAAGCCCCCGGAGAGGGAUAGCCAAGCUUCGCUCACCCUCGGCUUGCUGCUGGCCGACUUCAGAGCCAUGGUUAAUAACCCACACCUGAGUGACGUCCAGCUGCAGAUGGACAGUGGGGACGUGCUUUACGCCCACAAGUUCGUGCUUUAUGCCCGAUGCCCCCUUCUCAUGCAGUAUGUGAACAGUGAGGGCUUCUUCGCCGUGGAGGAUGGCGAUGUGCGGAGCCAGCGUGUGCUGCUGAGUGACGUGAGCACCGAGGCCGCCCGGGCGCUCCUGCAUUACCUGUAUGCCGCGGACCCCGGCGUGCCUCCCCGGCUGGCCCCCGGCCUGGGCGCUCUGGCCCACAGGUUUGGUGUUAGUGAGCUUGUUCUUCUGUGUGAACAAGCCCCUGACGUGAGCGAUUCAGAGGACAGACCGUGGAAGGAGAAGGAAGACGAGGAUUGUGAAAGCCGCGCGGAGAACUUCCAAGAACUCUUGAGGUCUAUGUGGAUAGAUGAAGAGGAAGAAGCGGAGGCUUUGUUGAAAUCUGAGCGCUAUGAAGAAGACAGAGAAAAAGUGAAUGAAGCAGAAAUGGAAGAAAUUUAUGAAUUUGCAGCCACUCAGCGAAAGCUGCUCCGGGGGGAAGGAGCUCCAGAGAUCAAGGAAGAAACUGACCAGUUCGGGGACGACGGUCCCGCAUCUGCGCAAAUCUUAGCGAGUGGCCAGGUUAGCCAACAGCCAGAAAAUGCAGAACAGAUGGAACCGUCUGGUGAGGGAAGAGAAGAGGCCCCAGCCACAUGGAAAAGCAUGAGACAGUCCACGCCCCUGCCACUCAAGGGCCAGUGUGCGGACGAGGAGAAAGCAGGGUCCCCAGAGGAAGCACUGGGUCGUUCCAGAUCCCCUCGCCCUUCUGGGGGCUGCAAGGCAGGGAGAAAGGAAGGCGUGUUUUUGUGCUCAGCAGAUGCUCCUGAGGCCCGGCCAUUUUCAUCAACUCCCAGAAAAUGCUGCGGACUGUCCCAGAUAAUGAGCCAUCUCCGGGAAGGCAACGGCACCGUCUUGGGAAAGAGGGCGGGGAGCCCCUCUCCCCCUGCUCACUGGCAGACAGCCCUGUGGCGCCCGUGCCUGUCACAGCCCCCUGGGGGCCGGAGUCCCGGCCGGCCACACCCUCGUCCUCAUCUUUGGAGUGAGUCGCCCUCACCAGAGCCCCAGCCGCAGGGCAGAGCUUCCAGGGGGGCCGCCCAGGACUCCCCAGCAAAGCAGAGGAGGGGCAGGAGCCUCCUCACGUUACUUAAAGAUCCAGGCCUCCAGAAGGGUAAAGAACGUGGUUCCUCAUUGGAAUGCAGAAAUAAAGGGGUUCUAGUCUCCCCAGAAAAGUCUCCAUCCAUCGACCUAACCCAGUCAAAACCUGGACAUUUGAGCUCCAGAUCUCAGAAUACUCCAUCCAGCAAGAACAGAGAAGAUGAGAUUAUCCUUUUAUUGGAUUCAGAUGAAGAGCUAGAGCUAGAACAAACCCAAAUAAAGUCCAUUUUCAAUGGUCCCCUGGAAGAAAGGAAAGUUCUAGAAGUUAGCCCCAAGUCUUCUGAGCUGUUUUCUGUUAUCGACGUCGAUGCAGAUCAAGAACCUUUCCAAAGCCCAGCAAGAAGAGAGGCUUCCCUGCAGGGCGGGGAGGAGGGGCCGGCAGGGAACCGGGGCUGUGUGGGGGGCAGAGGGACCCCUCGGCUGUCGUGUGACCCCGAGAGCGGCCCCGAGGAGGACAGCACCACGGAUACCUCAUGGCUCGUGCCUGCCACGCCACUGGCCAGCGGAAGCCGGGACUCUUCCUCACAGACACAGAUAACAGGCCUCAGGUCCAGGGCUUCGGUGGAUCACAUGGCUCAGGUCAAGCCCUGGGCCCCGUUAGAAAACAGGGGUGGCCCCGAAACCGCAAGUAAGUUUCCAGUCAUCACGCCCCAGAUGUCGUCGCCAUGCCUGGUCCCCGUCCGUGCAGGCAGCCCUGACGGCAGGAGCCCUUCCAGGCCCCACCCCGGGCGCCCCCAGCACUGCUCUCUGGCUCCCUGUCCCAUCUCUGGCGGCCUCACUGAUCUCAGCGGGCAGCCCCAGAAGUGCUCACCCCCCGGGCCGAGCCUGCUGAGCCAGGCCAUCGCCAGUGAGGUGGUGGAGGUGGAAGACAGCGAAGAUGAGCAGGAGGCGGCCUCCCGUCGGGCGAGCAGCAGCCCCCUGCUGGACGGCGACCCUCCGAUCCCCCUGGACGGUUGCCACUGGCACGUGGAGCCCCUCUCACCGAUUCCCAUUGACCGCCUGAACCUCGAGCGGACCGGCCCCCUGAGCACCAGCGGUCCGGGCAGUAGGGCCAGGGAGGCCCCAGACUGCCGCAGCUGCUGCUCCCCCCGCCUCCCGGGCACCGCCCCCGCCCCAGGAAGCCGCGCCGGCCACACAGAGUCUCAAGAGAAGGCCCAUCAGGCCGGCUCGCCUGGGAGCAGCAGGCCAAGCUUUUUGAACUCCGCUCUGUGGGACGAUUGGGAUGGAGAGGAGCAGAAGUCACCAGAGCUCCUUCCUCCGGCCCAGGGGCUGAGUGCUGAUGUCGCCGCUCUGAACUCAGAAGGGCUGGAGACGCCAAAAGGUGCUAAUCGGAAGAACUUGCCCCCGAAAGUGCCCAUAACACCCAUGCCAAGGUAUUCCAUCAUGGAGACUCCAGUACUGAAGAAAGAACUGGAGAGGUUUGGCGUCCGCCCUCUACCCAAACGCCAGAUGGUCCUAAAACUGAAGGAGAUAUUCCAGUACACUCACCAGACUCUGGAGUCCGACUCGGAGAAUGAGAGCCAGACCUCACAGGUGCUCCUGGAGGCUCCUCACAGCCAGACCCACGCCGGCAGGACCUCCAAGGCUCCCAGGGCCGUUGGCCAUGCCUGGCUGGAGGCCACUUCUGGCCCUCUUCCUCAAAGGUCCAAGGAGUCCACUAAGACCAAGGGUCCCCGACAGCAAAAGCAACAGCCUGGUGGAAGCAUCCCUCCAAUGAGCAUGUCACAGGCCAAUGAGGAGCCUCCAGACCCUGAUGGGGAUGCCCAGCUCCCAGCAUCGCAGGAAUCGGUGGCCUCCUCUGGGGACAGCAGUGACAGCUCCUUUAGCUCACAAAGUUCUUCCUGUGAGUUUGGAGCGGCCUUUGAGUCUGCAGAGGAUGAGGAGGGUGAAGAGGAGCUAAGCGCGUCCCAGGCGGCAGUGCACACGGCAGCCACGGAGGAGGCCGUGAGGCGCUACAUCCGCUCCAGGCCGGCCCUCUACCGCAAGGUCCUGCUGUACCAGCCCUUCGAGCUGGCAGAGCUGCAGGCCGGGCUGAAGCAGCACGGCAUCCGCGUGGCCACGGCGAAGCUGCUGGACUUCCUGGAUGCCCACUGCAUCACCUUCACCACCGCCGCGGCCCGGAAGGAGAAGCUCCACCAGAAGAGACGGCAGCCUGUGGGCAAGAAGCGGGGCCGAGCCACCAGGCCUGUCCGCCCCUCCCCACCCUUGGCCGUCAGCAGCCUGUGAGGGUCCGCAGCCCCCGGCAGCGAGCCAGGCCUCCAUGGGCGUUUCUGGGCCUGGGGCCCGAAUCCAGCCACCAUGAGAGGGGCCGGCCACAGCACCGAGCUGGGUCAGCUGUCCCCAACUCCAUUUCCUGGAGUAGUGUUCGGAGUGCGGCACCCCCGGGAUGUAGGGCCCGGCCCCUCCCUCUGUCGGUGCCCACAGUUUGUCUCCCUUUAACCCCGCCAUGCCCCCGGGUGCUUCACAAGGGCCCCGGGCAGCCACCAGCUGGCCAGGGCGGGGUCUGUCAGGCACAUGUCCUCGCCAGCUUGCCCCUGCCCCGACUUCCGUCUCAGCCCUUGGACUGUAAUCCCAGCCUCACCAGCACACCAGGUGUCCAUGAGCUUCUCACACUGCCAUGCCUCAGGUGCUCUGCUGGCCCAGCCAUCCUGCCCAGACACCUGUCCUUGUCACCAGCAAUUUCCAAACUGGGCAGUGCAGGAGGGCCCACACAGAAUUCGCAUGUUCUUCGUUAACCAGCUUUGUUGGUGUGGUAAGGUUGUCUUCAGCCUCAGGAGCAGUGUGGAGCACAGGUGACAGCCAGAAAGGAAAAAAAGCUGGGGUCUCUA